UGGCUCGGUGAACAUUUUGUCCAAGAAGUGAGCCCGCAGCUAUACCGCAUCCUGACAGCGCCUUCACACGGCACAAAUGUGUCUCUGUGUGUGUGCGUAGCUGUCAGUCGGGGUCUUGUUUGUAGAAAAUCGCCCUCGAGCAUCAAAAGGCGAACGAAACGAAAGCGAGGAAGGCAGACAAGGCAGGCAGACAGUGCGAGGAGCAAAAAGAAAAGAAACCAGCAACCAGCAAGAACGUUCACCGAGCGAUUCCGUCUCGGCAAGUCCGAAAAUAAAGACCGAAAAUUCCUGUGCCCAGCGACGAGCGUGGCACGGUUGCAGCGCACACAACCAGGUCCGCAGUGUAGCAAAAGACACACACUCAAAAAAAAAACCCCGUUCGGGAGUCGGAGGAGGCAAACAGUAAAAAAACAAAAAAGCCUUCCCCAGUUCCCCUCGAUCGUGCACAAGGGGGGACAGGCGCUGGUGGCUGGUGGGUGUCGAGGAGCAUCCUCGUGUGUCUCGAAAAAGUCGCGCGUGUUCUCGGGGAUUUUGUGUGCACGAAUGAUUGCACCCAGGGCCCGUUCGUCCGGCCUCGGAAACGCGCGUACGACAAUCGACGUCGCCGAGAAGGCAUUGACUUGCUUCCGCUGCAGUGCGCGAGGUCCCCGGGACGACUAGGACAGUAUUGCGUGUGUGUGCGUGUGUGUGUGUGUGCGUGUAAUAACAGUGCCUCCCCCCCCGCAAGUGCAAGGGUGCCCUCGCGCCGCUCCAUUAGGAUAUGGCAUCGGUCGCUCGGAAGCUGCCAUCGAAACUAUGUGAGUAUGCUAUCCAAGCCCAUAGCAGCAAAGUAACAUGCCUGGAUAUUGGGGAGACGGGACGCGUGCUGGUCACCGGAGGGCAAGAUCGAAACAUAAAGCUAUGGACGUUCGGUGACGAAAAGUGUUUUAUGACCCUGCCCGGGCACAACUCGUCGAUCGAUUGCGUAAAGUUUGCCUACUCGGAUGACUUCGUCUACUCCGCGGACGAUACCGGCGUGAUCAAGCGCUGGAACCUGAACGCGUCCGACUCGAUCUCACUGUUCGGGCACAUGAAGAGCGUGCGGACGCUCGACUUCUACCCGUACAGCGACUCGUACCUGGUGUCCGGCAGCAACGACACGUCCAUCCGGCUGUGGGACGUGCGCGAGAAGGUGUGCAUCAAGCGGUACCGGGGCCACAUGUCGCACGUCAACUCGGUCAAAUUCUCGCCCGACGGUUCGUGGAUCGCUUCCGCCGGCGCUGAAGGAAGCGUCAUCAUAUGGGACAUUCGGAUGAGCAAGCUGUUUAUGGAGUUUACCGAGCGGCAGACACCGGCCACCUGCGUCAAGUACCAUCCGACCGAUCUGCUGAUGGCGGCCGGCCGCAGCGACGGCACCGUUGACCUGUACGAUCUCGAGAAGCGCCAGCUGAUCACGCAAACGCCCGGCGCGGGCGGUGGCGGGGGAGCAGGAGCUGGCGGAGGGGGUGGCGGUGGCGGCCAACCGGUACGGUGCGUCACGUUCGACGAGAGCGGCAAGUGUCUGCUGGUCGGGACGGCCGCCGGCAUUACCGUGGUCGGAUGGGAACCGGACCGCGAGUACGACCGGAUCGACUCGAACUGGUGCCAGCUGGGCGACAUGAAGAUUGCCGGCACGAAGCUGCUGUUCGGCACGUACGAGGACGCGUCGGUCACGAUCCAUGCCGUGCCGCUCGGGCAGCUGCGCGCGUUCUACAACCCGCAGAACCCGCAGCCGCCCACGUUCACCCACAACCAGACGUCGCGCAAAAGCUUCAGCAGGGGCAGCGGCAAGGUGCGGCUGUCGAUCGGUGGCGGUGCGGGCGGUGGCCCAUCUGCCGGACACUCCCCGGACGCGGGCCAGGACGGGGAGCUGGGCAGCGGCAACGGGGGUGGCAUGUCGCCCAACUUGAACAUCGAAAUGAUCGACGAGGAGGACGCCACGUACGCCGGGGGCAGUGCGUUCGAGUUCGAUGUGCCGGCCGGCCACCCCAAAUGCUCGCUGGAAGCGAUGGGCAAUGGGGGUGGUGGCAGCACCGUUGCAGCUGGGGGUGUGCCGGCCGUCCCUACCGACAUCCCAGCAUUCCCGGCGGGACCGGGGGAGGGUGUGGGCGGGCCGGCCACCGUCCCGCUCGUUAACAGCCACUAUCUGGUGCGGGAAGAGAUGCACAUGUACAAUCUGAACACGCUCGACUACUACCCGCUGCCGAAGGGCCACGUGCCGGAGCCGGAAAAGGAAGACUUCCCGGUAAACAAUGCGCAGCCGCCGGAUUACGCACCCAAGAGCGCCACCCAGCCCGGAACGGCCGGGUACGUGAACGGGGGCAGCGUCGGUGGCGGUGGACCGGCCGCGGGCAAGGUCACUAGUCGGGUGAGCGCGUCCGGGCGCGCGUCCGCCAGCGGCGGAACGGACCAGCGCCGGCCGGGCAGCAUUCACGGCGGGGUGGGGCACAGCCGCUCGGCCGGCAAUCUGGUGCGCCGGCUGGCCACCUCGAAAAGCACGCUCGAGCUCAACAAGCUGCCCUUGAACGAGACGUUCGCGUUCAAGAAGCCGAUCAGCCGGGGCAGCUCCCCGAUCCGGCACCAGCAGGCGCACGCACCGCCGUACCACGGGUCCGGCUCGAGCUCGAGCAAGAUACAGCGCAGCGAAAGCAGCGCCCUGAUUACGACCAAUGCGGCCGCCUCCCUGCGCAAUGGCGGCGCUACCAAUGGCGGCGGCGGGCCGGCACGGUCGCAGCACAACGCGAACGUGAAGGUGCAGAUCCUCACCAAGCCGGUACGGUCGAAGACGUCGCUCGAUAUUCGCCACCACGCUGGACGUACCACGGCGGCGGCUGGCGGCGCAGAAGCACCAUCCGGACCGGCGAGUGGACUUUACGGUUCGCAGCGCGGUGGUGGUGGUGGUGGAGCGAUGCACGGUGCCGGCGGUGGCAUCGACGCACUGAUGAUGGACUACGGCAGCGCCAGCGGUAAUGUGAACGCGCUGAUGCUGGACCAAGCGACCGCCUCCGCCACCAUCUUGCGGUACGGCGGCGGGCACGAGAGCUCGAGCAUGGAGUACGAGAUACAGGUGUUGCGCAACGAGCACGACACGACGCUGCAGGCGCUCUGCAACCGUACCGCGCUGCUGUCCGCGAUCCGCAACUACACCAAGUCGGGCGACGUUACCGGCGCGCUCAAGGUGGCGGUGCGGAUGAACGAUCAGCACAUACUGGUCGACGUGCUGGGCGCGAUACUGGAGAAAACCUCGCAGUGGACGCUUGACAUGUGCGUGCUCUUACUGCCAAAGGUGUACGAUCUAUUACAAAGCGAGUAUAAGUUCCACUGCACCCGGGCCUGCGAUACGCUGCGCGUCAUCCUGUCCACCUUUCUGCCGGUGAUACGCGAAAACACCGACCCGUGGGGCGCCUGCACGAUCGGCGUGGACGUCAGCCGGGAGGAGCGGCAGAGCAAGUGUCUCGAGUGCAAGAACUGGCUGCUGCGGAUACGCUGCCUGCCGGAAAACCCCAAGAUGGGCAGCAACCUGCAGCAGCUCCAGAACAUGAUAGUGGACAUCUGAUAGACGGUGGUGGUGGUGGUGGCGGCGGUGUCACCACUAGCCCCGCCACUCGCCGUUUAUCUCUUCUUCCCCUGCCAGCGCCCGAAAGGAGCACCGUGCUAUGGAGCAGCAGCAGCAGCAGCAGCACCAGCAGCAGCAGCAGCAGCAGCAGCAGCAGCAGCGUGAUUAUCUCAUGACCGCAAAAUCGUUUAACAUUAUUUGCCGUCCUAGUGAUAGAGUUGAGUGUGUGUGUGCGCGCGUUUUGUCUGUGUGUGAUGUGGUUUUAGACACUCACCAGCACCAGGGUUCAGGGCAGCCGAGAUAGUGUGGUUCGUUUUAACGGCGCAAAGGCCGCCUUCACGUUGGUGGAAACCAAUUUUAAACGCAAAAAAAAACAAAAAAAAAGUCACUAGUAGCUGCGGCAAGCUUUCAAAAAGCGUUGUGCCUGUACGCUGCAUGGAUUGCAACGUCCUAGAAAUUCCCCCGCACUGAUGGCACCAUGGUUCCAAUUUCCCGAUUUUCAUUAGAAUUUCAAGGCCGUUAGCCGUCUGGUUUUCUGUUUUUGUGUCUGUAUUUUAUUUAAUUUUUUAAUUUGUUUUGUUUUUAUUGGUCUUCUUAGCGCCUUUCUUGUUUUCCUUGUUGUCCCUUUGACUUUACUAACUGUGUAUACCCCCCCCCCCUCCCCCUGUAUCACAAAAUCAAAAGCAAAAAGGGAAAAAAACGACUGUAAUUUAAACGUAAGGCACCAAUUGCAUUUCGGCCGGCACUACUCCGUUCCAAUUAAAUCCCAUUCCCAUUUACAAUUAGAAUAAAGCGCUCGCAUUUUUGCCUAUUUUCUUCCUCCUCCUACUACUAUCAGUAGCGCGUGUGCGUGUGAUAGGUGGACACGUUUUGGAGUCGGCUCGUGUGUGUGCGUGUGUGUUUUUUUUUGUUAAAUCCCACCCACUCCUACACCUCCUACAGCCAGCAACCAAGUUUGCUUUCGGUUCUGGCUCUACUACCGCUACUCUAAUAAGACUGAUGAUCCCGUGUUUGCCGUGCUGGUCUGGAGGCAGAAUGGUUGGGGGUGAGGUAGGGAAACGCUUUUUUUUUAAACUAUUGAUUGCUUGAAGCUGCACCUGAUGCAAACUAAUAAUGAUAAAAAUAACAUUAAUAUAAAUAAUAAUAAAACGAUGAAGAAAGUAACAUGUACAGCGAGCGAGAGCUGCUAAAAAACGUUUUACGAUUCCUUGCACUAGGCUGCCCUUGGUUGCCUUUGUUUAUUGUGCCGUUUUGACGAGAGAGAGAGAGAGAGUGGGAAAGAAUGCGCAAUAUGGGCGGCAAAUAAAAGUGAAAAACAUAACCUAAUCAAACCGUGACUGUAAAGUAAUGUGUAUAAGUUAACAUUAACCGCAACAAAAAUCGAUCGGCCACCACGAUCGACCACAGAAGAGAAAGUGAGAGCAAG